ACAGGGAGGGGUAGACAGACUGACCGGGCUUUUUUUUUUUUCAGUUUGUGAUAUUUAUUUCUUUAUUUUUUAUUAUUUCAACAAAGCCGAGUGUUGAGAGUAUUACGUCGCUGUCGUAAACUUGACCGGGGAGCUGACGAGCCGGCGGUUACUCCUUUUCUUUGGGACUGUCGCUGUGAAAACAGUCCAGAAGAAAGGAGGAAAGGCAGGAACAACAUGGGGCGAUAAUAAAAAGAAAAAUGUGUUGUGGACCGACGAUGUCUCUCUGGGAGGACCCGUGAAGCCUAUUUAUUCCUUAUUUAUCCCUCCCUUUUUCGUCCCGUUUAGUUUUUUUAAAACUGUCUCCUUGUUAGUUUGGGGGUCGGGUUUUAUUUUCUUGAGCAAAAAGCAGCGUUUUAGGAGGGCAGAAGAAAAAUGGACCAAGCCGGCAUCCUGAGAAAGUUUAUCCAAAGGGUAAAGGCCAUGAGCGAAGGAGACGAGAAGAGGGGAGAGGACAACUUCGGCAGCGACUUUAUGCGGUUACGGCGGCUAUCGACAAAGUACCGGACAGAGAAAAUCUACCCGACCAACAUAGGAGAGCGGGAGGAGAACGUCAAGAAGAACAGAUAUAAAGAUAUACUGCCAUUUGACCACACUAGAGUAAAACUGACAUUAAAAACAACCAAUCAGGACACAGAUUACAUCAACGCAAGCUUUAUCAAGGGUGUGGACAGUCCAAAUGCCUACAUUGCAACUCAGGGCCCGCUGCCGAACACAGUCAUCGACUUCUGGAGAAUGAACUGGGAGCACAACAUAGCUGUUAUUGUGAUGGCUUGUCGAGAAUUUGAGAUGGGAAGGAAAAAGUGUGAGCGGUAUUUUCCAAGGCAAGGCGAGGAGCCCCUGACUUUCGGCCCUUUCAGGAUCUCUUGUGAAUCUGAACAGACCAGAACAGACUAUUCUAUAAGGACUUUGAUCGUGCAGUAUAACAAUGAGACCCGGAGGAUAACUCAGUUCCAUUACAUCUACUGGCCUGAUCACGACGUCCCUUCAUCAUUCGACUCCAUCCUAGAUAUGAUCGGACUAAUGAGAGAAUACCAAAAGAACGACGACGUCCCCAUUUGUGUUCACUGCAGCGCUGGCUGUGGGAGGACGGGUGCUAUUUGUGCUAUUGACUACACAUGGAACCUCCUGAAAGCUGGGAGAAUUCCAGAAGAUUUUAAUGUUUACCAGUUGAUCCAAGAGAUGAGGACGCAGCGGCACUCUGCUGUUCAAACAAAGGAGCAGUACGAGUUGGUUCACAAAGCAAUCGCUCAGCUCUUUGAGAAACAGCUGCAGAUACUGGAGAGUCCCACCAACUCACAGAUACACGAUGGCAUGAGUGAAAGCAGCCCUGACAAAGCAAGCCAUCUAUCAGACGAUGAAAGAUGGGACACACCUCCACCCAAACCACCUCGCAUCCGCAGUCCACAGAUAGAAGGUGAUGUAAAGGAGGAGAUUCUCCAGCCUCCUGAAGCUCACCCCGUCCCCCCCAUUCUCACCCCGUCUCCCCCAUCGGCGUUCCCCACAGUCACCAACGUACGGCAGGACAACGACCGCUACCAUCCCAAACCUGUCAUACACGUCCUCGCUACGACGCAGCGCAACGCCGCACAGAAGGCGGUUGUGGAUCAGGAGCAGAACCAGUCGGAACCCGCUAUGAUCCAAAAGACUACCCUCCCAGAGCAGAAAAAUCUGGACGUGCUGAGCCAAAACCAGCAGACUCAGGUCUCCAAUCUGGAUCUCAAUGAGAACUACAGCAACAAGUUGUCCUCGACGUCGACUCUGUCAGAUUCAGGCCAAAGCCAGACACCGUCCUCACCCAUUUCCCCGGCCGUCGAAUGUUCCGCCGCUCCUCGGAUUGAGAGGAAGCUCAGCAUUGAGAUCAAGAAGGUGCCGUUGCAGGAAGGGCCGCGCAGCUUCGACAGCUCCUCGUCUGCGGGGGUAGCAGGUGCACUGAACGCCACUUCAAGCAACAGCAGUUCCACGCUCCAAAGAGGCCACGCCUUCAAGUCUCGCUCUGGUCAGACUGCGCUGACGUCUAGCUCCUCGCUGUCGGAAGACUCGGGCACGGAGGGAGGUGCGGGCGGGUGUGGGGAGAGCCAUGCAGAUGGAGGCCUCCUAACCAGACCAAACCACCUUCCUGUGAAGAAGGAAGAGAAGAAGAUGCAGGAAGAGGAAAUGGCGGGCAUCAAAUCUGGCCACGCGUUGUGGAUGGAGCCCUGCAACAGCCCGGAAAAACUCUUCCCCAAGACUUCCUCCUCCUCUUCUUCCUCAGACAGAGUUGCCCCAUCCUCCUCAUCCUCCUCACACCUCUCUUCCUCCUCCUCCUCCUCCUCUUCCUCCACUCCUGUUAGGACUGCUCUCAGUUUCACCAAUCCCUUACACUCCGAUAAUUCAGACGAGGAGGGGAAUGAAGAGAUGCCUGAAGGAAAGGAGGGUUAUCAUACAAACAUAUCUAUGGUGACGACGUCCACAGUAACAGCAUCGUCUCAUCCUGAAAGCCAGCAGGUGGUCAGAAAGGCGGUGCCCAUGUCAAUUGCAGGACAGACCACUCCACUGCCCUCUACAGCCACAGCAAACUGCUGGGACAGUGAUGACUCCCCUCCCCCACUCCCUGAGAGAACCCUCGAGUCCUUCAUACUGGCCACAGACCCUCUGGAAGUGAAGAUGUCAGCAUCAAGUGGAUGGAUAAACUCCCAAAAAGACGUGUUGGAUUGUAAUAAGACAUCUCCAGCUGAUCCUGGGUCUGCUGGCAGUAAAGCAGCAGAUAGCCAAGCAGAUAUGGGGUUCGGUAACCGCUGCAUUCAACCCCAAGGCCCGCGAGAACGUCCCUCGGAGUGGACAUGAUGGAGCGACGUUUCUGACUGUCCUAAAACCACGUCCCUUAUCAGGAUUUGGACUCCCACCUGGCUGGUCCAAAAGCCAAGUUG